UUUAAAGCCAUACAUACAUACAUAUGCAUCACUCAUAACACUAACAAUAUACAAAAACAAAAAAGGGCUUAAUUUCCCGCCGCCGCAGCCGCAGCUCCGCCGGAGAUGACGACGAAAGAAUGCAAAUCUCACGGCGGAUCAAGCCGGAAAAUAGUCCGGCGGAUUUUAUGGUCGAUCAUAGGGUUUCUGUUCAUCGUCCUCCUCACGAUCCUGUUGAUAUGGGCGAUACUGCAGCCGUCGAAGCCGAGAUUCAUCCUCGAAGACGCGACGGUCUUCGCCUUCAACGUGUCGGGGAACCCGCCGAACAUACUGACGUCGAAUUUCCAGAUAACGAUAUCGUCACGAAACCCUAACGACAAGAUCGGAAUUUACUACGACCGCCUCGACGUUUACGCUUCUUACCGGAAUCAGCAGAUCACUUUCCGUACUUCUAUUCCUCCCACUUACCAGGGUCACAAGGAGGUAAACAUAUGGUCACCGUUCGUGUACGGAACGGAUGUACCGGUGGCUCCGUACAACGCCCUCGGCCUGGGCGAGGACCAAGAACGCGGCGCCAUGUUUCUAAUGAUCCGGGCCGACGGCCGAGUCCGCUGGAAAGUCGGCACUUUCAUCUCCGGAAAAUACCAUCUCUACGUCAGAUGCCCCGCCUUCAUCGACUUCGCCGACAGAUCCGCCGGCGUUAUCGUCGGAGAUAACGCCGUUAAAUACACUAUCCUCACCAGCUGCAGCGUCAGCGUCUGAAAACGAUAACGGCGUUCAAUCGAUUUAGCGUUUUCGUUUCGUUUUUUUUUCAUUUGUAAUUGUAUCAUCACAGUGAGAAUUGUACAUUUUGCUAUACGACGUGGAUAAUAAAAAAAAAACGUGAGGAAGAAAUAUAUGUAGCAAAAUUACGAUGGGUGAUGUUAUUGUAACGAGUGGUAGUGAUUGAAAUCCGCUAUACAUAAUAGAUUUUUUUUUUUUUUAAUCAUUUUCGGUCUAUCCGGUUUAUUUCCGGUUCGUAUCCAUUCGGUUAUGUUCCGGUUUACGUUUGAAUUCAGGGUUUCUCUAUCCCAUCUUUGAUUUCGAUA